UGAAAUUUGUGAGUUUUGCAAUUAAAUAUCUAAAUGGAAACUAAAUUCACACUAAAUGAAUUUACUGAGCAAGACCAAAUGUCGAAGCAUGAGAGCAAGGACUUAGAGCAUGUAAUAGACAUGAUCCUGGUUGAGUGCAGGGACUAUAAUCCUAUCCUGAUGUUCUUGAUGGGUCUCAACUAUCAUGCAUUCCUAGAAGAGUCUUCACCAGAAGCUCUUCUGGAAGUCACCUCUAGGAUCCAAUCUAAGAUAGAACUUCUUGGUCCUAGCAGUCCUGAAGCUGGGGAUAUCUUCAGAUUUCUGUUGGCUCCUGAAUGUCUGAACAAUGUCUUCAAACUUCCAUAUUUCCAUCCAAGUCCUGACGAAUUUCUGAGAGAAAACAUCAAGAAGGACGAAGUAUUGAAAAUUGAUGAAGAACAAUCAGAGAACAUAGAUUCCUUAAGAUCAACACCUUCAGAUAACCUGGAGACUCCUGAAUGACAAAAGAGGAGGGACCAAAGCAGUUCAAUUGUUUUCCCAGAAAUGACUUUUCUCAAGAGCUUCAAGAGGUCAUUUGGCUCAAUGAGAAACUUCAUGGGUCGAACAUGGUCAAGACUCAGAGGAAACACACCUCAUCAAAAUUAUUCAGAGUGUCCAAUAUGACUAAGUCAGAUUAAGACAGAGGACCUUUGAUCUGUGGAAUGUGGGCACAUCUUCCACACAGAAUGCAUGGAGACUUAUAUUAGGCUUCUGAUAGGCUCAAAGUCUCUGCCAAUAAAAUGUCCUCUCCAAGAUUGUCGGAAGUUAAUCCCUGAUUCUGAUCUUAGAAGUAUCAUUGAGCAUGAGCUAUUUGAGAGAAUGCAGAGGUUCCAGUUGGAAUUAUUCGUUGAACAAAACUCAGUCUUUUAUCAUUUCUGCCCGACUCCUGACUGCACCAAUGUGUUCGAAUGGGAUUUUACCAAAGGUCAGUCACCACACCAGCACUGCCCUGUCUGCUCCUUAGUGGUUUGCCUGAAAUGUAAAACUCCUUGGCAUCAGGGAUAUACUUGUGAGGAGAUUUCCAAAAUGCAAGAGACAAGUCCUGAAGACGUGAACUUCUAUAUCCUGACUAAGCAAGCAAUGUUCCAGCAAUGCCCUGAGUGCAAGUUCUGGGUCCAACGAAAAGAUGGCUGCAACCAAAUCAUUUGUAGGUGCCAAUGCAAGUUUUGCUACGAAUGUGGAAGCAAAUAUGGAAGUUCCGGAUGAUAUGGAUACUGAGAAUAAUCUUUUAAUUCGGUGAGUAUUCACGAACUAUUAUUUCC